AUGCUAUCCAAACAUGUUUCAGUAUAUUCUCAUACACAAGAAUUUUCAGAGGAUUUUGUGAUUGAUUCUGAACUUUUAAUGUGCCAUUUCUGUUUCCACUCUGUGAAUUGGAGAAUCAGGACAAAUAUUAAGACUUACAUCAAGACAAAUGGACAUAAAACAAAAAAAAAUAUAGCUGCUACCAAAAAUCAAACAAGACAACCUACUCUGAAUUUCAUUCUUAAUGCAAAUGAAUCAAAGAAAAACAUAAUCAAUAAUUUAAUUUGUGCAUUUAUUAAAGCAGACAUCCCUUUAGAGAAGACUAAGAAUUUGUCUGUAAUUUCACUUAUCAAAAGUCAUAUUGAGCAAUUGAAAAAUGCAAUUAAUAUAGAAAAAUCAUUGACAACAUUAAGUCAACCAAUGUUUGAUGUAUUUCUUAAACUUAAUACAUAA